GCUUGGUACUUUAAAACAAAUGUCUUCGAAGGCUGUUUACGAAGAAUCUGCUAAGCUACUUAUAUACAACUCGAUAUGCUACUCUAAGUUAGCGAAAAAUCCACUUCGAGUAGUUAAAGUGGGUGAUGAUGUUAGUCUAGUGACAGAUGGAUGGAUAUUACUUAAUGAUCUUGUCAGUAAGCCCGAUGUCCUCAUAAAACGCAGGGGAAAAUUGGGACUAGUUUUUGCAGGCUUCCAUUGGGCGGAUUUACAGGGGAAAAUAAAAAGCUUGUUGGCGAGCAAAUUCACGAUCGGUUCUACCAGUGGAAUUCUCGAUCGCUUCCUUAUUGAACCAUUUGUACCACAUGAACAGCAAGAAGAGUACUAUCUGUGUAUGUACACUAAAAGGAGUUCAAAUGUUAUCCUUUUUCAUCAUGCCGGUGGAGUAGAUGUGGGUGAAGUAGAUUCUAAGGCUAAACGUUUUGAGGUUUCAGUUGAAGAUAUUAUGAAAUCUGGUUCUGGAAUGAAAGCUGGUUGUUCCGCCGAUCAAUUAUUACAGAGUUCACUGCUUUCAGGAGUAAAAUGUCCGAAGCGUGCAAGGAUGCUAGCUGAUUUCAUCGUUGAAUUGCAUUCAGUUUUUGACAAAUUAUACUUCACCUAUUUAGAAAUCAAUCCAUUAGUUAUUUGUAAAUGGAAUAUGAAUGCAAACAAACUUAAUGAUUGUAAUGGUAGCAGUUAUCAUAUCAUUAACGAUAAUGAACUACAGGAUGGAGAUAAUGAUAUCAACGAACAGUUAUAUAUUCAUAUAUUGGAUGUUGCUGCCAAAUUGGAUCAGUGUGCAGAACAUUUGUUCACUUCAAGUUUGGAAUGGUCAGUGAAUGGAGAAAUGUUGAAAUUUCCUUUUGGUUUUGGUAAAACUGAAACUAAAGAGGAAGCGUACAUCGCAAAGUUGGAUGCUCGAACAGGUGCUUCAUUAAAGCUUACUAUACUUAAUCCAAAUGGUCGUAUAUGGACAAUGAGUGCAGGUGGUGGAGCUUCAGUAAUUUAUGCUGAUACAGUUUGUGAAUUAGCUGAAAAAGUCAAAGCAGCUGGCGGUACAAGUCAAGGUGUAAAAGAUUUAGCAAAUUAUGGUGAAUAUUCUGGAGCACCAUCAGAAGAAUUAACUUAUGAAUAUUCAAAAACAAUUCUAACUUUGAUGACUACUGGAGAACUACAUCCAGACGGUAAAGUUCUACUAAUCGGUGGAGGAAUUGCAAAUUUCACCAAUAUUGCUGCUACAUUUAAAGGUAUUGUGCGUGCUUUGACAGAAUUCAAAGAACAAUUGAAGAGACAUAAUAUACGUAUAUUUGUCCGUCGUGCUGGUCCCAACUACCAGGAAGGUCUUCGUGUAAUGCGUGAAUUGGGUCGUACUAUCGAUAUUCCAAUUUAUGUAUUUGGACCUGAAACUCAUAUGACUGCUAUCGUAUCAAUGGCAUUUGGUUUACGUCAAAUACCUCCACCUACAGUAGAUCAUAUUCAGUCGUCUGCAGAUACUCUAUCAUUGUACAGUUACAGUGGUUCUGGCUGUGAACAUAAAAAUUCAGACAAAUCAACACCAAUAGUAACCAAUCAAACUCGCAAGGUUUCUGAAUUCUCUUCUACUAUCAAUACUGCUACUACUACUAUUACUACUAAUGGUAAUAAUCAUGAAACUAUUUAUGAAGAACCACUUUUUACAGUGAAAACAAAGUGUUUAAUAUGGGGUUUACAAGUGAAAGCUGUUCAGUCUAUGUUAGAUUUCGAUUAUGCUUCCGGUCGUGAAAGUCCAAGUGUAGCAGCUCUGAUUUAUCCUUUCAACGACGAUCAUCAACUAAAAUUUUAUUGGGGUGCAAAAGAAUUAUUUCUACCAGUUUAUAAGUAUAUGUUGAAUGCAAUGGACAAGCAUCCAGAUGCACGUGUAUUAGUAAAUUUCGCUUCAUUACGAGUUGCUUAUGAUAUAUGCAUGGAAGCUAUGGAAGUGGAUUGUAUAGUUUCAUCUAAUUAUAAAGAGAAUGGAAUAUCGAAUGAACACAAUGAUAUAUCUAUUCAUAACAAUAUUAAUAAUAAUGGUUUAUCAGUUAACAAGGCACAGAUCAAGUGUAUUGCUAUUAUAGCUGAAGGUAUACCAGAAAAUAUGACACGUCGUUUAAUACAACGAUCCAAAGAAAGAAAUAUUCUAUUGAUUGGUCCAGCAACUGUAGGUGGCUUAAAAUCUGGCUGCUUCAAAAUCGGUAAUACAGGCGGAAUGACAGACAAUAUACUGGCAUCAAAACUUUAUCGACCUGGAAGUGUUGCUUAUGUAUCACGUUCUGGUGGAAUGUCCAAUGAAUUGAAUAAUAUUAUUUCAAUGAAUUCUGAUGGUGUUUAUGAAGGUGUCGCGAUUGGUGGUGAUCGUUUUCCUGGUUCAACAUUUAUUGAUCAUAUUCUACGUUAUGAAAAUAAUCCAGAAGUCGGUAUGAUUGUUGUCUUGGGUGAAGUUGGUGGUAUAGAAGAGUAUGCAAUGAUUGAAGCAGUUAAAUUGGGCAAAAUAAAAAAACCAAUUGUAGCCUGGUGUAUAGGAUCAUGCGGUGAAUUAUUAAGCGCUGCAGCUAAUUCGAAUGAUAAUACAGACAGCAGUAAUAUUGCUAGUGGUUCAAUUCAAUUCGGUCAUGCUGGUGCAUGUGCUAAUUCUUUACAAGAAACAGCUACAGCGAAAAAUUAUGCAUUGGCCAGUGUUGGUAUACAUGUUCCAGAAUCAUUUGAUGAAUUAGAUCUCUUAAUUAGACGUGUUUUUGAUGAACUUGUAAGAAGUGGUCAGUUAAUCCCGAAAACUGAUCAUCCACCUCGUACUGUUCCAAUGGAUUAUGAGUGGGCCAAGGAAUUAGGUCUAAUUCGUCGACCAGUUUCGUUUACAUCAACAAUAUGUGAUGAUAGAGGCGAAGAGUUAUUGUAUGCUGGAAUGCCAAUUAGUCAUGUGAUUGAACAAGAUUUAGGCAUAGGUGGUGUUCUUGGCUUAUUAUGGUUCAAAAGAAGAUUACCUGAAUAUGCAACAAAAUUUUUAGAAUUAUGUCUUAUCAUAACAGCGGAUCAUGGUCCAGCUGUAUCCGGUGCACAUAAUACAAUAGUGGCAACACGUGCUGGUAAAGAUCUCAUCUCUAGUCUUGUAUCUGGACUUUUAACAAUUGGAGAUAGAUUUGGUGGUGCAUUGGAUGCUGCAGCGCGUCAGUUUUCACAAGCUUAUGAUGCCGGCUUAACACCUAUUCAGUUUGUUAAUCAAGAACGUCAAGCAUCACGUCUUAUCAUGGGUAUUGGACAUCGGAUUAAAUCUAUAACUAAUCCAGAUAAACGUGUUCAGUUACUGUUGAAUUAUGUCCAUAAACAUUUUGUAGCAACUCCAGUCGUUGAUUAUGCACUCGAAGUUGAAAAAGUUACCACUAAUAAGGUAUUUAUUAUUAUUAUUAUUAUUAUUAUUAUUAUUACGUUCUAUAGAUUUAAAUGUUUGUCUGAGUCUUAUUUUGCUUCAUAUAAUCUCAUUGAGUGUAGUUAUGAAUUUCGCGUUAACAGAUUUUGAUUCACAGUGGUUCACCAGUAACAUACAAUUGUUGCGAAAUCUUAAGUCCUGUGUUCAACCUCAUGGUCACCAAAUAGUGUGUAUAUUCUCAUAUAAUAACUAAAUAGUAGUAAUACUAGGAAUUCUUAUCCUGGUUUUUUUAUUAGUUUCCAAAUUGUUGUAUGAGCUGUGGAAGUGGUCGAAACUUUUAUAUAACUCGAUAGCAUCAUCAUUGAUAAACAAAGAGAAUCUGAUACAGAUGUGAAUGUACGGAUUGGUGAAGCAAAGGAGGCAUCCUACAAUUGAAGAACAUCUUGUACUCAAAACAAUGCCAAAGUCAGAAUUUUUAAUAAAAACUUCAAAACAGUUAGUUCUAUUGUACCGAGCUGAAACUUUGAGAACUGUUACAUUCAUCAUCAAAAAUGUACAAUAUUUAUAAAUAGCUGUUCAUAGAAUAUAUUCCAGAUUUGUUGGUCAGACC